UGAAAUAUUACGAACAUUUGAUCCUCAUGGACCAGACACGUGUGUUUACAUACACGUAAGCAGGAAACAAGACUGCGUGCGCCAACAUGAGCAGACAGGAUCCUCUCGGCGAAGUGCCAUUAUUCUACGAGGACGAAAAUGCGUUUAGAGAGAAGAAAUCAAAGAUCAGGCAUCCCCUGGCCUGCUUUUUUCAUCUCCUCUUUCGCACAAGUGCCAUCCUGAUCUACCUCUUUUGCGAGUUUCUCAGCCAAAGUUUUAUUGCCAACAUGGUCACCAUCAUUUUACUUCUGUCAUGUGACUUCUGGACAGUAAAGAACGUGACGGGGCGGCUGUUGGUGGGCUUGAGGUGGUGGAAUCAGGUUGAUGAAGAUGGUCGCAGUCGUUGGAUGUUUGAAUCCAGAUCAGGAACGAAUAAAAAUCGAGUGUCAAACUCUGAUUCACGGAUUUUCUGGAUUGGUCUGAUUUUGUGUCCAUUGUUUUGGGCUUUCUUUGUCUUUAGCUCACUUUUCUCCUUCAACAUAAAGUGGUUGGCGGUUGUAAUCAUGGGAGUUGCGCUACAGUGGGCAAACCUGUAUGGAUAUGUGCGAUGCAAAGUAGGUGGUGCAACCAAACUGAAGAACAUGGCGACUAAUUACUUUGGCGUUAAACUCUUCAAAACGGUAGUAAACAACCCAGAGGGACCCUAAUUUGACCGUGGCUGCCUUCAUUUCAUUGAUACGCCAUUUUUUUUUUCAUCUUUUUUUCACGAUUCUUUCCUGCUCAUGUUUAAAUGGACCGAUUUUCUUUUUGGCCAGCUUCUUUUGCUUACCAUUAAAACAUCUUUGAGAGAAA